AUGGAUCUGAUCAUGGACCUUGCUGGCGUUGAUACUGGUGGUCGCUUCUCUGUUGUGGUUAAGGUGAUGGUUUUUGACCCUGCUCAUGAGCGCCACUUAGUGCGGUCAGUCCACACAGGGAAAGUGAUGGUUCUUGCUGGACUUUUGGAUGGAGCGUCUGACGUGCUCACCCUGUUAGAUGUUGUCUUGGUUCAGCAGUUUUCCAUUCCGUCUCUUAGGGUGGAUGAAGGGACAAAGGUUUUGUACCACUCUCAGCAUACAUGGGAGGAUUUCUACAAACUGGUUGAUGCUUGCUGCGGGUUAGGAGGUAUGACUCAUGGUGCUCAUGCUGUUGGUAUGCAGACUAUGGUUGCAGUUGACUCCAAUGCACGGAUGGUGGACUUGCACAAGGUUCAUGGUGGAUGUGAGUAUGUGACCGGUGAUGUCGGAUGCCCGAUGGUGAUUGCUGAAGUGUGGUCCAAGAGCAAUCAUGCUGCAGUUAUGAGUGCAGGCUUCUCAUGCCAGCCGUUUUCUCAGCUGGGUGAUCGUAAAGGAGGGGCAGACCCCCGUGCGCUGUCCCUCCCCAAAAUCCUUCGUGCAGCUCUGUUUCUGCGUAUCAGGGUUUUGGUGCUUGAAUGCGUUGUGCCUGCAUGCAAUGAUCCGUUUGUUUCUCAUCACCUUGAUAGGUUUGUAGAACUUUCCGGCUUUGUGAAGGAGACCAUCAACCUUGAGCUCUCAGCCAUUUGGCCCUCUCGGCGUCACAGAACUUGGUGGGUGUUGUAUGACCCUUGUCUAGGGAAGCUAGGCCUCACUGAAUGGUUGCGUGCUGAUGGAUUGCCCAAGAUCCAAUGCAUUAUCCCCUACAUCUGCCGAUGGGAUCCCAGAGAUGAGUUGGCAUUGUGCUUGGACUCUCGUGAAUGCCAGGCAUUUGGAGUCAAUGACGGAACAUACCCCAGGUAUCUUAUGUCUGCAGAUGGGAUUGCUCCCACUGCUUUGCAUGCUUGGGGCUCCCAACUCAGGGCGUGCCCUUGUGGUUGUCGUGACUUUGGUCUCUCAGCACAGAGGUUGCAUGACAAGGGAUUGUUUGGGCUUCUGGUCUCUAGCACCUCCGAGGCUAUGUCUGGUCAGAAGAUUCGACAUGUUCAUCCAUCAGAAGCUCUGGCAUUGAAUGGCAUGGAUUGCACCAUUGACUUCGGGCUUAACGUCCGCCUUACUCUGUCAGGGGUUGGACAGAUUGCAAGCCCACUUCAGGCCGCUUGGGUCUUCAGUAUUGUCCUACAGAGAAUUGAGUACUUGAGCAAAGACAAGGCUGAGUACAGCCCAUUGGCCCACUUGCUUGCGUUCCGGUCUUGGCUUGUCAUGAAAUGUCAGACAGCGUGGCCAUGCACUGAGCAGGUUAUUUCUGACCGGUCUCUUGCGGAAAUGGUUGCUUUCUGGUACCCUGUGCGCACCCUUUCACUUGAGCAGGUGGUGCACCCGAACUGGCUUGAGGAUCCUCCGGUGUCUCACCUCUCUGUUGCUGCGGUUUUGGACCAUGCCCACGCCAAGCUGACGGGCACCAUGAGGGUUUCAUCAGUAUGUGACCAGUUUGGAGACGAAGUUCAGAUGACUCAGCCAAUCCAAGUUGGUCAAAAUGUGCAAAUUUUCUUUUCGUCCAGCGAUGAGGGGGUUACAUUUUCUGCUGAUGACUCAUGUAUGCCUUCACAUGUGAUGGGUCCUGUCCCUGAGCAGGUUGUUGAUUCUUGCAGCGAUGUUCCCAUGCGAGAAGGGUCUGGACAGUUUCCGGGUCCUGAGUCUCACCAUGCUAUUGCCUCUGAUGCAGUUGGUCAUGGGGGCUUGGAUGAGCCACCAGUUGUGUCUCCCACCAUUUGCUGGCAACCUGAUGUAGGUGUGGAUGUAUCCUCGGUGUCUGAGGGUGCCACUCUGCAGUAUCCGCCUCCCACAGGGCAGAUUCAUGCACUCCUUCCAUUGACUGCUAAGCAGUUUGUGAGACUUGCAGUGCCCCGCAUUGAUGAUGCUCAGAAGUUCAAGGCUCUGAGACAGCAGUUUGUCUCCUCUUCGGAUCGAUAUGCUUUGCUGCAGGCACAGGGUAAUGUUUGGUCUGAUGAUGAAAUGGCUUAUCACUUGAGUGUGAUUGCUGCUCCAAAGCCAAACCUUCAGGUCCCUGUGAUGGUGCUUGAUCCGCUUCUUUGUACUGCGUGGCUUGAGGAAUGUGCCUUUCCUUGUGCAAUUUGGGCGAAUGAUCAUCCUGAAGUCAUGCGUGAUGGAGUUCAGAUCAUUGGUGCAUGUAGAUUUGACACUCAUUGGGUCCCGUUUCAUAUUGUACCGUGCAAGGCCCAUGCUACGGUGUAUACAUGGGAUUCCCCAGUCAAUGACCAUUCACCCCUGAAUACCCUUUUGGAGAAGAUUGCUCGUGGGUUGGGUUUCCGAUCAGUUCUUGUGUCAAGGCAGCAAAGGCUGGUUCCUGUGUCAGACAAAUGUGGUGCGAUGGCCGUGCAUUUCCUUCAAUCAGCGUUAAGUGACAUCCAGCUCCCGACUGUGAGUUCGGAAGUGCAGAUUGUUCAUGAUAUGCUCAGGUUCCGCUUUACCGAUAUUGUUCAGAAGUCUGAAUUUGUCAUCCGUCCCUGGAUCUGGGGUGCUGGUGAUGCCUCGGAUGAUAGCUCUGAGGACCCAACUGUGCCAGGCGAUACACAUGAGUCUUGUCCUUCUGUGGUCAAUCGGGUUUUUCCGGUUGUGUCCCCCCAGUCUGAUCCGUCAGUUGGUAGUUGUGAUGCAAGCAAUACUGACAGUGAAACUGUGCCUGAUCACAGGAGCUCUCAGAGUGGCAUUCGUGUUGAUGGCAGGUCAAGACCUCCAUUGCGUCUUCGUCCUUCUUCUUGUCCAUCCGCGGGGUCUGCUUGUCCUGAUGCUGUGCCUGCUCCCGAUGCAGACAGCUUGCAAGCCAGGGAAUCCGGGCCACUCCCUAUAAUGCCCGAAGAGCCUGAAAGGCUGCCUCGAUACAUUGAGCAUACAGUUCAAGUUGGAGGGGAGCCUAUCACUGCAUUGUUUUCUCUCAAUCUGUCCUCCGGCCCUCAUCAGAUACGUCUUCGUGGAUUGUAUGAUGUUGGUGCUUACAGUCGUGAAUUGUGGUCACGGAUUGAAUGGGAGGUUGCUGACCUUAUUGCCUUGAGUAAUGCACAGAUGCUCCAAACCAAGCCACCUACCGUUGAUUCGCCCACCAAGUUGUGGUCUAUCCUUGGCCAGGUUCUUCCCUCCCUGGACAGGCUGGCAAUUUUGCGAAACCAGUUGGGUGCCGUUGCCGAUGAUGAAAUGAGGUUCCAUAUGAAUGCACUUGCCGAAGAAUGUCAACGUGGGGUUGAAUGCCUACCGAAGCAGGUAGUUGUUGUUGAUCCAGUUGUUUCUGCAGCAUGGCUUGAUCCUGAGGCCUUUGAUUGUGCUGAGUGGGCGGCCACCCAUCCUGAAAUCUUGGCUGAUGGACUACAAGCCAUUGGAGUUUUCUGCGUUGAUGCUCAUUGGAUUCCCGUCCUGAUCACACCUUGGGGCACCACAGUGCGCAUUGCCUCGUAUGAUGCAGCUCAAGAGCUUCCGGUGACAUUGUCAGCCUGUUUGAUGCGCAUGACACAUUGCCUUGGUUUUACUGAGACUUUCUUUGAUCAUGUUGUCCGACCUUUUGCCAUAAAGUCUGCAUGUGGUGCUGUAGCCAUCAAUUUCCUCCGAGCUCAGCUUGCUGGGUUUCCUCGGUUAUGCUCUAACGUCCCUGCCUGGGAAGAACAUCAUUGUUUGCGACGCAGAUUUAUGCAGCAUAUUGGAAAUUUCACUGAGGUGUCUCGCCCGUGGUUCUGGGGUACUGGUCCCCCACAGGGUGGGGAGGUGAGUUCUGAGUCGGAGCUGCAUGGAGCUGCUACUGGCAGCCCUUCUUGUGCAACAGAUGUGGCGGUUUGCCCUGUGUGGAGUGGUGGUUCUCCGGGAUGCUCGGCUCAGGUUGCUCAAGAAGUCGUCGAUGCACUUGCAUGUGUUCCCUCUGAUGGAUUAGGUGCUUUGAAAGGUCCCACCUUCAGGACUUCACAGCAGUAUGCGGCAGUUCGUAGCCAAGUGCUUGCUUCCGAUGAUCGCAGGAACCUUCUUGCAGGUCAGUACGGUAUUUGGGCAGAUGAUGAAAUCAGAUUUCACCUUCAGGCUCUUGCAGAUCAAUGUAAUGUGGUCAGCAAUGAUCAGCUUGUCAGGCAUGUUCGAGUUGUUGAUCCUUUGAUCACUCUCUCAUGGACUUCACAGGGUUCGAUGUCAGCAACUGAGUCUGCGCGCCUCUUUCGGUUUGCCUGUGCUGAGCAGGUUAUUCUUGUUGGAACUCUCAAGGUUAGGGAACAUUGGGUGCCUUUUCUUCUCUUCCCUGCUGGGACGCGUGUUCGCAUUGUCACUGGGGACUACCAAGCGGAGAUUCCUGCUCAGUGGAUCAACUGUUUGAUUGACUUUGCUUUUGCUCUGGGCUUCCAAUCCUUGCGGUUUGAUCACACUCACCGGGAUGUUCGUUGCCGGUCUGCCUGUGGAGCAGUUGCCAUCAACUUUGUGGGUUGUCAACUUGGGCUUUCCACUGAAGUCACCAAGUAUGCAGCUGUCUGGGCUCUUCACACUGAGUUUAGACGAGUGUUCAAUGAUGCACUGAAUGAGUCUGAAUUUGUGAGCCGACCUUGGAUAUGGGCAUCGGGCCAGGAGAGUGAUGAGGCGUCUGAACGCUCCUGGCCUUCUGAGGAUCAGGUCCCGGUCAAUGCUCUUCCGGUUGCCGAACCCACGCAGAUUGCUUCCCAGACUGAUGUCGGUGUGCCGUUUGCACAUCAGUGUAUUUCCACAGAUGAGCGCAUUGAUUUAUUUGCUGUCCAUGGACGCUCCAUGGGAGACGAUGAAGUGCGAUUCCAUCUUGCCACACUGCUCCAGAAACGUGCCUCGCGUAGUGGAGGUUCUGAUACCUUCCGCCCAGUCGUUGUCCCAUUUGAAAGCCUCAACUUCCUGAAUUGGGAUGCUGUUGGGCAUAUCCUCACUGAGAAAUGGUGUGAGGGUGCAAAGCAGGUCAAGUCUCAUGGCCAUCAAAUUGCGGCAGUUGUGCUUGAAGGGUCCCAUUGGCUUCCGCUGUGGGCGGUCCCAGCCGGGAUGGUGCUGGUGUUCCACACAUUUGAUGACAUUGUGGACUAUGACAUUUUUGAUGGUAAGCUUCGCUGGAUUGGACUUCACUUGGGUUUUGAGGAGGUGGUGAUUCAUCGUGUUCCUCAUGGACGUGGGGCGAUGUGGAUUGUGCAAGCCAUUGAGGAGCCGCCCAAUGCUAUCCUGCACACCAAUUAUGGCGAGGUUCUGAUUUCCCGCCAUAAGUCCGGUGACUUUUCUGUGAAGAGCGAGGUCAAACUGCCGGUAGCGUCACCUGCAACACUUGCCCUGUGCGGAGGUCCUGCAGCCAAGGAUGAUACCAUCGAGAACCGUGCUUCCCAAGCCUUGCCAUUCCAUGUUUCCAAGCAGAUGGUUGGUCGUGCUCACACUGUGCGGACCACCCAGGUUAGUCGGAAAGUGCUACGUGGUGUUCAUCAUGAGGCGGAAUGUGACCCAGAAGUUGCCGAAGCUCCAAAGCCCCCUGUCUGGACGGGGCUUCCUGCAUCCCCUGUGCUUCCUAUGGGAGCUGUGCGAUGGUAUGGGCGAUCGAUUGUGUCCAAAAUCGUUGCUUGGCUGUGGCAUGCCAUUUCCUCGGAGCCAGGUCCAGUCGUGUGGGUUUCCAAUGCUCAACUGUAUGUGGAUUAUGUCCUUCAGACAGGCCAUGCUGGACCCAUUAAGAAUGAUGGCUGGAAAGACAGUGAGGAUUUCCCCUUGCAUGCUCUGUUGCAGGUUGGCUUCAAGGAGAGAACCAGAUGGUUUGGAAAAGUCCUGCGUGAAACUCUUCGACAUGCAGCUAUCCCGGUGACGGCUGGCUACUGUCGCCCGGAGAGCCAUAUGAUUUGUAUGUUUGCAAGCUGCUUGGCGUUGCCGUGGUGUCCCCUGCGCCUUGUCGAAGUCGAUCACUGGUUCCAGAAGUUCAGUUUCACCCCUUUCAGACGGCAGUCUCGGGAACUUGACCGGCUGCCCGUCCCCCAGGCCCUUUUCUACCUGGCAGACUUUCUCCAGGCGAAGGCCUCUCUGGAAGAAUCGCUGCUCUGUGACCCUGCGAAGGCCACGCGCAGCCUCUGGAUCCGCAAAUGCGACGCCGAACUCAGCGGCUCCAGCCUGCCGUUGGUCGGAGUCACUGCCGAGCUCAGCAAGGCCAGCGGCUGCCGUUCCCGCUAUAGGGGGAGCCGGUGCGUGGUGAAGACGGAGGACUUUGCCGCCAGGGCCAACCCUGGAAAGUUGGAAGGUUGA